UUUUGAUUCAAUAUGCCGACCCAGAAGAUAUUCACCCCCGAACGCCUGAUUACUGCUCCGCGGACUUCAGCAGCAGUACCGAAUGAUGAGGGGAAAUUGGCGCUCUACACCGUUUCGACCUACGACCUCGAGACACACACUGACUUCACAGAUGUCCAUCUCCUUGACAUCGAAACCAGGCAAUCAACGCGAUACAGCAAUGAUCCCAAGGAAAGCUCGUUUCGGUGGCUGCGUGGGUCAUCCUUGCUGUGGCAGAGGGAGGGCGAGAAGGAUAAGAAUACGGAGUUGUGGAUCGGACAUGCUAACAACACAAAGCGACCAUACCUGGCCGGUACCAUCGAUGCGAAAUUGAAAGACGUGAGGACCAAAGUCUUGGACAACGGGGAUAUCGCAUUCGUCUUCACGGCUCCCGCCGACGACAAGCAGGAGCUCUACAACACAGCAAAAGCCGAGAAGCCGCACUCCACAGCUCGCGAAUGGGAAUACACUCGUCCGAGACGAUGGGAUACCUUCAAUGACCAGUUUCGAUCGGUCAUUUGGUACACCGUGCUGAAAUUCGAUAGCGACAACCACAAAUGGCGUCUAUCUACGACUGGCCCUAUCAAUGCUUUACGAGACACGGGGCUGGUCGUGCCACUCUACAAUGACUCUUCGAGUUCGGCGGAACUGAGCGUUUCGACGCACGGGAUCAUCUUCACAUCGACUGAGCCCAAGGGCACGGAUUGGGUGAAAACGGAAAGCUCGUUGUAUUUCAUCCCACUGUCGACAUUUGAAGAGACUGAGGUGCCAUCUGUCAAGAAGAUUCAUAUCCCGGACCAUGCAAGCAUUGUGUCAGCGCCGACUUUCGCUCCAAAAGGGCCCAUUGCCGCCUUUCUAGUGGACCAGGACAGCGAGGAGUGGUCGCACAAGACUAUUGGCUUGGUCGACGUGGAGACCUUGAAGAUCACGGCCUUCCUCCGGACAAUCGAUGAAGCAGAUAGUAGUCAGAAUUGGGAUGUGUUUCCCGACGAGCUGCUCUGGGCCAACGAUAGCGCGAGUUUGUAUUUGACUGCGAAUCAACAGGCUCGAGCGCGGGUGUUUCGAGUGUCGAUACCACCGGUAGAUGCGUGCAAGCACCAAACUGUGGUUCCCAAGGCAUUGGACAUCUCUGGCUCCGUGUCUUCUCUGUCCCGACUAGGCGAAUCCGAAUCCGACACCCGGCUCCUGGCCACCUCGUCCUCGUUCGUCGACCAAGGCUUUUUCUCCAUUGUCACCCCGCCCACCCCCGGCCUUCACCAAGCGCAAAGCAGCGAGAUCAUAUACACCACAUCCAACUAUGGCGCCUAUUUCGGUAUCUCCGACAAGCAGGUCGAAUCCAUCAUCUUCCCCGGCGGACCGGAUGGUCAAACCCCCGUGCAAUGCUGGAUCCUCAAGCCAUCCGACUACGACCCGGCGUCCGCUGAGAAGCAUCCUCUCUUCAUACUCAUGCACGGGGGCCCCAGUUCCGCCAUGAAAGACGCCUGGACCUGGCGCUGGAACGCCGCCCUCGUCGCGGAGCAAGGGUACAUCGUCGCGAUCCCCAACUUCACCGGAUCAGACUCCUUCGGCCGCGACUUUGCGCGCGGUGUCCAGCUUCAAUGGGGCGGGCAUCCUUACCAUGACAUCGAGCGGUGUUUCAAUUGGGUCGAGCAGAAUCUGUCCGCGAAAUGCGACAUCAACCGCGCCGUAGCCGCCGGCGCCAGCUACGGUGGAUACAUGGCCUUGUGGGUCGCCGGGCAGCCCCUCGCCAAGAAACUCAAGGCGCUCGUCUGCCAUGACGGGGUCUUUGAUGUCGUUGCCGAGCUUCUGGGCGAUGAUCUGGCGCAGAUAGAGGAACUGACCCGAUCGUUCGGGUCGCCGUAUUUCACGGACGCGCUAUCCGCGGACCGUGAGCCAGCCAGCGCGAAGGAAGUCUGGAGGAAGUGGAAUCCUGCCGAGUAUCUCACCAAUUGGUCCACCCCGUUGCUUGUUAUCCACUCGGAUAAGGAUUUCAGGUGUCCCAGUACGGCGGGGUGGGCGGCGUAUGCGGCGUGUCGGCUCAAGGGCAUUGAGACGCGGAUGCUGAAUUUUCCGGACGAGAAUCACUUUGUUCAAGGGCGGGAGAAUAGUCUGGUGUGGUGGAAGACGGUGAUCGGUUGGUGUAACAAGUUCGUGGGCAACCCCAAUGGGCCAACGUUGGAGCCGGCUCGAAGUGAGCCUCGGUGGUUGGGGGAGGCAAAGCCAGGGAGGGUUGUUGAUGUUUUGGAUGCUUGA